AUGAUGCUUCAGGUUCUUACUUCUCUUGAACCUUUGGAUUACAUUGUCGUGUCGUUUCUUCCUGGAGUUAGUGAGGAGUUUCUUUUCCGUGGUGCACUUUUGCCUCUCUUUGGUGCCAAUUGGCCAAGUGCUCUGGCCGUUGCUGCAGUCUUUGGAAUAUUGCACUUGGGCAGCGGCCGAAAAUAUUCAUUUGCAAUCUGGGCGACAUUUGUGGGGCUUGCCUAUGGCUAUGCUACAAUUUCAACAUCAAGCAUUAUUGUGCCAAUGGCUGCUCACGCUCUGAAUAACUUGAUCGGAGGUAUCUUAUGGCGCUAUACAUCAAGUUCUUCAAAAUAGAUUGAUUUUCUCAAUGUUGCUGCGUUACAACCAGUAUGCCAACUUAGCGUAUUGUUUUGUUUGACGCCCCGUAACUCUUCCUCAGCCAGGCUUGGGCAGAAUAGCAGAGCAAGUACAAGUAUUAGUAGCAUAACAAAAAAGCCUUCCUCGUCAUUAAUAUGUUUGCUCGGAACUCUCGGGAGAAUCGAUGACUGCAUCUUUGAUGCAUCUGAUAAUUCUGAAUUGGCUAGUUGUAAAUAGCCCCAGGGCUAUGGAACAAAGGAUUAUCCCGGAACUAGACCGAGGUAGUGUAUAUGUAUUUAUGGUUAUUUUCAAAUCUCGCAGAACAGAAUGGGAUACGAUGAGAUAGAAUGCAAUAGCAACAUUUUACCCAACUCUAGUCAACUUCUGAUUGGCAAGGAGUGAAGCUUCAGCUAUGGAUUCCAUGUGGAGAAUCUCCUUGGAAUGUUUUGUGUUAAAUAUGUGUAAGCAUAUAUAGAGUUUAAAACUAAAGAACCAAAAUAUCAUGAAAUUUGUAAAUGAUGUUGUGGAUUAUCAGCCUACUGAGCAUGCAUAAUGGAUACCCCCUACAGUUACACAA